GAACUCCAAUUAUAAGUGUAUGAAUGCAUUUUAUGUAUGUUUGAUGAUCAUGUUUUUUGUGAAUUUGAUGUUGGUGUAUGAUGUAUUUUCCUCGUGCAGGCUCUGUCGGGGAGGUCUAGAGUAAUGUGUGUUAGUGAUGGCUCCCUCCUACCCCUCCUCCUGGCAAAGUCCAACCUCCCCUCUCUCUCUCAUAUCUAUACACUGGAGAGUAAUGAACAUUCUGCACGCGUCUAUAAAACACUGUUGGAGAGUAACCCAGUGCCAACUGGGACAAAGAUACAUGUAGUUACAAAGUCCUCACAUGAUGUCACCGCUAGUGAUCUUGUCAAUGGAGCCACGCCCACCGAGGGUGCUCUAAUUGAGGCGGUGAUUGGAGAACCGUAUUUCUCGACUAGUCUUCUUCCCUGGCACAACCUCCACUUCUGGUAUGCCAGAGACGCUCUCCGCAGCCUCUGCUCAGCUGACUGCCUUGUGGUUCCCUGUUCUGCCUCUCUCAUGGCUAUUGCUGUCAGUUUCCAAGAUCUGUACAGUUUACGAGCUCCUGUUGGGAAUGUGGAGGGAUUUGACAUCUCUGCCUUUGACAGGCAGGUUGGGAAGGUGAAUAGUGAUGAUGAGUGGGUGGAGCCUGAAAUGCAUCCUCUGUGGGAGUACCCCGCUCAUCCUCGGAGCAAAGUGUACACACUCAUGAACUUUGACCUCAUCGCCCCUGUCCCAAGCACACCAAUCAGAGUGGGCGGAGUAUUGGAGUUGACACACCCACCACUUCCUAGCAGCAGUAGGGGAGGAGAGGGAAGGUGCAAUGGUGUGGUUCUGUGGAUGGACUAUCAGCUGACAGACCAGAUCACUACCACCACUGGUCUCAUGACGGCACCUGGAGGUCCCAAUGAGAGACUGUGCUGGGACUCCACCUCCAAACAGGCCGUCCAUUUCCUCUCCCCCGACAGUGCCCUGGGUACCUCUCACUUACACAAACUGAACUAUGUCUCAGAGUUCAACACUACCAGCGGCGAACUCAGAUUCAGUUUUACUGCUUCAUGAUUCUUAUUUCAUUCCUAUAAUUUUUUGGGUGAUGUGGAAGUGAUAUCGCUAUAAUAGGGCUGAGUGAUGGCUA